AAUGCUAUCACUUUAAUCAUGGCGGACUAUUGGAGAAGGACUAUCUUCAGUCUUUUUAUUUCAAUUGAAUUAAUUCUAAAUGGUGUUAUAGGAAAAUCUUGUAAAAAAGUGAGUCCGUGUUCUUGCAAGAUGGACGACGGAUUUGUGGUGGAUCUAUCUUCUGUCUCCAGAAAUGAUCAGACGCCCUAUUUUCAGGACGUGUCAAGUCCCGGUUCCAGUAACGAGUUGUACUCCUUCAAUCCCUGCAGUGCUUUUACUGAGGGCACGGGAUCAUGUAGUGAAGUUGCGUUAUGUCUUGUUACCGUUAGUGGACCAAUAGAACAAUACAAGUCUCUGGGAACACAAAACACAGCCUCCUUCUCCAUGAACGGUGACGUCAUAGAUUUGCAUUAUUCGGACGGUGAUGGCGG